CUUUCGUGCCAUAUGCCCUAUUUUGAUUAUUCGGUUCCCAUCAGCCAAUUUGGUAUUCGAUCUUCUUGAAUUGGCAAAUCUGGGUAUUCGGAAUUUGUUGGGGGUUUUGGGUUGAACUGUAGCCGGGUUUUCAAAUUUCUUAUAUUUGGGAUCUAGCUUUGAUCAAAUUCCUUUUUUUCUUUUUUUUCUUGGUGGGUUCGUUUCUGUUUGUGUUAUUAUAUUGAGAUUUGCUUUUUUUCGCCGGAGGAUAGACAAGUUUUGUGGGUUUUGGGUUGCACAACUCUCCGCAUUUAGCUUGUCGGAUCUUGUUGAAUUAUAUUUAUAAAUGAAUCUGAAUUACUGACAAGGUUUUGUUGAUUUUGUGGAUUUGUGGUCAUGAAUUCCUGAGGGUUUUUAUUAUUAUUAUUAUUUUUUAUUUUUUAUUUCUUAUUUUAAUAUUGUGACAAUGCCCUCUACUGAUAACCAGGGUUCUUCACCUUUGGCCUCAUUUGGCCGCUCGAUCUGGAGUAUGAGGAGAGAACAGGUUCAUUCCAUGGAACCUAAUCAUGAAUUUAGUGCCCAUGAAUUAGAGCUUGAAUUGUUCCAAAAACAAGUUUCAGACCGAUUUCAUGACCUCUCAGCUGUUAGUGCUGAUGAUUUGCUCUCAAUUCCGUGGAUAAAGAAGCUUAUGGAUGUCUUUCUCAGCUGCCUCGAAGAAUUCAGGGUUAUUUUGGCGAACAGCAAAGAAUUGGUCUCUAAACCCCCUUUGGAUCGAUUGGUUGCUGAAUUCUUUGAAAGGAGUGUGAAGGCGCUUGAUAUCUGUAAUGCCACUCGUGAUGGGAUUGAAAAGAUUCGUUUGUGGCAGAAGCAUUUGGAGAUUGUUUUGCGUGCUUUUGAAUCUCAGCAGAGGGCGUGGGGAGAAGCCCAGUUUCGUCGAGCAAGAAAGGGUUUGAUGGAUCUAGCGCUUGCAAUGCUUGAUGAUAAAGACUCUGGCUCUGUGUUUUCCCACCGGAACCGGUCAUUCGGGCGCCAUAACGCCACCAGGGACCAUCAUCAUCGUCGGCAUCACUCCUCCGGCUCGGGCUCCGGGGGCCAUUCUCGGUCUCUUUCAUGGAGUGUGUCUCGUUCUUGGUCUGCAGCCAAGCAGCUCCAAUCAAUUGCCACCAACUUGACGGCGCCGCGUGCCAAUGAGGUUGUAGCCACAAAUGGGGUUGCGGUCCCUGUUUUCACCAUGAGCUCGCUGCUCAUGUUUGUGUUAUGGGUUCUUGUUGCCGCAAUCCCAUGUCAGGACCGGGGCCUCAACACCCAUUUCUCAAUCCCGCGGCAGUUCUCAUGGGGAACUCCGAUGCACUCCCUCCAUGAGCGAAUUGUAGAGGUGUCGAGGAAGCGUGAGCGCCGGAACUGUAAUGGGUUGCUGAAGGAGAUUUACCAAGUUGAGAGAUGCGCGCGCCACAUGACUGACAUGGUAGAUAUGGUUCAAUUUCCAUUGACAGAGGAGCAGAAACUGGAAGUGGAGAAUGGGGGCCAGGAGCUGGCGCUGAUUUGUGAAGCUUUUAAGAAUGGAUUGGAUCCAUUGGAGCGCCAAGUGAGCCAAGUUUUCCGUAGGAUUAUGAAUUGCCGAACCGAGGGUCUGGAUUUCUUGAGUAAAUCAAACAGUUUGGAGUAAAAUGUACAAAUUCGAGAAUAUACUGCAAGGAGGAUGAAUGAGAUGAAUUCAGGUAGAUUUCUUGUAUUUUGUCUCUGUACUUUGGUGUAUAAAGAAGAAGAAUUUGUAUUUGUAUCAAGAUUUUUUGGUGCAUUGUAGUGCUUUCAGGAUUGUUUGAAUAUAGAGUAUCGUUAUUAUUGCUUCU